AUGCCUCCACGCUCAAGUAGGCGACUUCAUCCUGUCGUUUCAGAAGCACCCGUCCCCGUCCACCACACGCCCGGAGCCACGGGACCUCUUCUGGAAUCGAACUACGGCGCAGAACGCAGGCCACUGCGCUGUUCGCAGGAGCAGCCGCACCCACCACCAGCGCGCAGCAGCGGCGGUGGCGGUAGCCGCCACUCGUCGUCCCAACAGCAGCAGCAGCAGGCAGCGGCCGCCGCGGCCAACGAGGUGCGCACCGUGCUCCUCUACGGCGUGCCCAUCGUGGCGCUGGUGAUCGAGGGCCAGGAGCGGCUCAGCCUGGCGCAGAUCUCCAACACGCUGCUCAAGGACUACUCGUACAACGAGAUCCACAACCGCCGCGUGGCGCUGGGCAUCACCUGCGUCCAGUGCACGCCCGUGCAGCUGGAGCUGCUGCGGCGAGCGGGCGCCAUGCCGGUCUCGUCGCGGCGCUGCGGCAUGAUCACCAAGCGCGAGGCCGAGCGGCUCUGCAAGUCCUUCCUGACGGACACGCCGCCGCCGAAGCUGCCCGAAAACUUCGCCUUCGACGUGACCCACCAGUGCGCCUGGGGCUGCCGGGGCAGCUUCGUGCCGGCGCGCUACAACUCGUCGCGCGCAAAGUGCAUCAAGUGCGCCUACUGCUCGCUCUUCUUCAGCCCGAACAAGUUCAUCUUCCACUCGCACCGACUGCCGGACUCCAAGUACGUGCAACCGGACGCAGCAAACUUCAACUCCUGGCGGAGGCACAUCAAGCUCAGUGGGACUCCUCCGGAGGACGUCAGCUACGCCUGGGAGGACGUCAAGGCCAUGUUCAACGGGGGCUCGAGGCGACGCGUGGCCGUAUCUUCUUCUUCCUCGUCCUCUUCCUCGGCCUCCAAGAGGGCGCGCUCCUCGGCCGGCGACAGGGACUCUCUCCAGGCGCCGAAGCCGCAGCCUCAGCCGGUGACCGCCCCGCCGGCGCCCUACUUUCCGGUGCUGCCUCUGUCGAGCGGCGCUCCGGCAGCGCUCUUCCCGCCGCCGCUGCUGUGCCUGAGCGGCAGCAAGGCGACCGGCGGCGGAGCACCGGUGUUCGGCGACUACGUCUGGAUGGGCGGCGGCGGCGCCAAGCCGUACGGCGCGGCCGCCCUAUGGCCUCCGCCGCCGCCGCCGCCAGGACCGCCGAGGCUGCUGGCCGCCGAGCCGGCCUUCGCGUCUUCGCUGGCCGACGACGCGCCGCCGGCCGCCCUGCUGGGAGGCCUGGGGGGCGGCGCGCCGCCGCUGUCCUACGCGUCCGCCUUCAGGCCCGUGGCCGGCACGGCCGUGGGCCGCGUCGCCAGGUCUCCCACGCUGCGGUCUUCGACACCCGCAUGCGACACGACCACGGACCCGAGCCGUGCCGCCUCGGGUGGCGGUGCGACGGGUGCGGCGGCGGGCUCCGAGGCCAGCGACGGGGCGCGCUCCGAGGACGAGGACGAGGACAGCUUUCACGGCGAGGUGGACGUCACCGACACCAGCAGUGACGACGGCCGCACGCUGGUGGCCGCCGCCGCGCCGGCGCACACCAGCUCGUCGGCACCGCCAAGCCCAGCGGCUUCGGAGACGGCGGCCGAGAGUCGAGCGGACGGUGGCCACACGCCGGUGCCGGACACCAGUGACGCUGGUAUCGCCAACAAGCAGGACGAAGAGACGAACAAGCGCGACGCUGAGCCAGAGAACGCCGUGACGUCCGUGGUGCAGCUGAUCAAGGAAGAGUGCCGGAAGCGAGACGCCCUCGAGGCGUCGCCAUAUUCGGAAACGCAAACCUUCGACCACUCUUUGGAUCCUUCGAGCAUAUUCACACUUAGCAAAGAUGAGCUACGGGACGUACUGCUGAGAGAAGCACAAGCCAGGAAAAAAGUGGAAAGAGAGUGUCGCCUCAUGCGAGAAACGUUCGAGGAGCAAGUGCAGAAAGAGGUCGCGUACCGCGAAGAACUCACCAAGCAGUUGCAAGUCGUGCGAGACGCCCUGUGCCAGGAACUGGACCAGGAACGGAAGGCUAGAUUCGCUGUUCAAGCCAAGCUGAAAGAGCUUUCCCUGCACUACCAGCAGAUGCAGCAGCGAAGCAUUAUUGCCGGUAAGCAGUGGAGCUGGCAAUGCUUACGUCCGCGAGCUGAACCCAGGCGGCAGUUGUCCCUGACAGCCCGUCUUCUCCCGCGUUCCGCAGACACGCACGACACGAUGCAGCAUCUCGCGUGCAAGAUGCUGGGCGCCAGGCACUGCGCCGAGUGCAGCUACAAGGCGGAGUGACGGAGCCAAGGCCUCGCGCAAGACUUCAUCGCGACAGAGCUGCAACGAUGAUGGACUGCGACCCGCUUGUGCCGAUCGCUGCAGCGGUGGUCGACGACAGCAGCACGAUGCCAGCGUGUGCCAUCGCUCCCGCACUUCGCAUUGGAGGAGAACGCUGCGCGGCGUGGUCCGCUUCCGAGCGGCCAUUCAAGUCGCGUACUGUCCGUCGUGGCUGCGUUAUGAGCGCCCUAUCCUGACCCUCAAGAUGAACGUGCACGCUUUAUUCAGUGUCGGGCACCUAAACAAACAAAAGCGUGCCACACAUUUAGUUUUAUCCUCGGGCCAACUUAGAGACGAGGCUGUAGAGACAAGCUCAGUUCAAACGCGUCAACACGUCCCGUAAUGUUAGCCCUUCUCUCUAUUUUUUGGCCUUUGUUCAACAUUGAUGAAUUUGCAGUGGUUACCAUGUCCCGGUAUUCAUAAAGCACGCGCAACCAGUAAAUCUAAGUGGCAUACUGGCUUGCUCCAGCAGUGUGUCGACGCACUUAGCUUUGCCGUGUGGACCCCGACUCAAUACACAGGAAAGAUAAACACGUUUACAAAACAACCAACUAUACGGCUAACAAGCAUAACUCCUUGCUCCUAUCGCCUCUUUGGCUCGAACCUUGACGGCACGGUGAUUCUGUGUCCGAACGGAGACUAUGUCCGAACGCACAGUUCUAGUAGAGUUUGCAUCGUGCAUUCCUAACGUUUCACAACUAAGGCGCCGGCUCCACGACGACGAAGGUUGCAUUGGCGGAAAGCAUUAGAAAAAGUUUCUUUUCUCUUGGACGUUCGAAACUUCUAUCCAUUACGGAGACGACAAGCCAAGCAGAGCUUUCGCCAACCUUUAAAGCUUUCUCAAGUUGCAAAGGUUGACGCCAGUUUGUAUGAUACGUAUUUGAUUGCGGGAAACGGCGUUAGCGCAGACGCCUUCGUUGUCCGAUAAUGUUUUCUCGGAUCUGAAAGAUAUACUGAUGGCCAGUGAAAUGUGGGUGCGACGUUUGUGAUGAAAACGAUGAUAAAAACGCUGUUGUCAUCAGCAACGCUUCUACUGUGUGAGAGAAAAGGGAAAAUUGAAGGAAAGGCGUA